UACAUCGAUACGAUGAACUACUAUCUAGCAUUGGUGGGCAUACUAUGUCUCGUGGGCGGAAUUCGGGCCGCUACACUGAACGACACGAUUAACGGUAACGUUACCCUUGCAAUAACAAAUUUGAAUACAACGAUCAAUACCGUUAACGCCACGAUCACCGCCGCCGACAAAAACACCUUGAAGGCGUGGGCCAAUUGGGGAUACGUUUUGACAUUAAAUUUAACUGCUAUAAACAAAACUUUGAGUAACACAAGCGUGGAUCUUUCCACACUCACUAGCGCCCUUAGCAGUUUAAAUAGUUCAUAUUCUCCUACGCUGAUGGGAAGUGAUAACACUUUGAUAGGAUCCGUGUUUCCGACGAUUUCACAACAAAUUCAACAACUCGGAAACCAGCUUAUAGUAGCGGCGAACAAUAUUUCUUCGCAGGUUUCUUGUGCCAAUGAUUUUGCCGCAAACUGUCUCAAGAAGUACAGUGCCAAUCUGACUUCAGUCCCGUUCAGCCGUUUCAGCGAUUGUGUAACAGCUGGAAACAAUCGAAUCGCUCAGAUCGGUGUUAACAUAAGCAGUCAAAUCAACGCAUCGCUAGCCAACUCCCAGACAUAUUUAAACAUGAUUUCGUUAUGUAACAUGCCGUCACCCCCAGCGGCUAACGGGCGCUAUCAGACAUCGGCCCAGUGUAUGAGCCAGUUCCUCGGAUCGAUCUCCCAAUUCCUUCAACCGAGCAUGGCUCUUGACACGGUCCGCUAUACGCAACUGACGAUGGUCUACUACCAAAUCCAACGUUGCGCUUCGCUUGUCCUAGCCGACCUUCUGGACGCAUCGGAUCGAGUGCAGGCAAGCUUCUAUAGUUGUUUGUCCACCGGAAAGUAAGUCAAACAUUAACCUCCUGUACUACAAUCUUGCGUUAGCCAAUAAAUUAUCACUCGUAUGAA